AUGGCGAGCGACAACAACGCCUUCUUUUCCCGACUUGGGGACUUCUCCAGUCAUCGCCCCAUCACCGAGAUCCAGACAGAAACCCCAGCACAUGACACCAGAAUGGUCGAUACCUUCGUAAAAGUGGAGGUGUGGCUGGAGCAUAUGAGUCUCGACCAUGACGCGUCCACGAAUGCCAGCGAUCGCGUCCACAAGCGCAAGCACCCCGGCUCUUCCCACGACAGUCCACGUGAGAUUGAUUUGGAGGAAGCACGCAAGCGCAGAUCUGCUAAAAGUAGACGAAUAGAUGAGCAUCUCACCAUCACAGACUCCAAGGGCUCUGGGUUCGCCCAAUCUUCCUCAAACGCGCCAACGUAUCAGCAGGCGGCCUUCCCGGAUGCAUCUCCUACCAAGCAUCGCAAGCCUAAAAUUCAGGUCGGAGAGGAAGAUCGGUCCAGCGAAGCCGAAGCCGUCGCAGUCGGCCCGUCAUGUCAAGGAGAAACGCGGAUCGGAUCCUUCGUCGCUACGGUUGCCGACCACUCUUGUUCUAGCAGCGGCCUCUCCCCCUCUCCAGCAGACGAAGGAGCUACGUAUCAAUGCACGCUCGAGCCUCUCGUCAGCCGCAAGAGCAACGGGACCCAAGAUCAAUAUGUACAAGACAGCCACAACUCAGCGAAAACUGCGACGGAGCUCACGCAAGCCUCCACCAAAGUGCCCACUCCAAUCAUUCGAAAGCAAGGCAAGGCCUACGCGAGGCCGAAAAAACGUGUCCAAUUCGAUGCGUCUGGCGAUCAAAUGCAGGAGUUCGACCAUGAACUGCCCGUAAGUGGUGCGGAAAGCUACGAAACGGAUGGCGAAUGA